AUGUUGUUACAUUUUGUAGCAUGGAUUUGUGGAAGCAAAUAUCUAUGUAAGGCACUAAAUAAUCACUACUUCUCUAUUUUUACAGUAUUAGCAGUAUCUUUCUCAAGCUCAUUUACUUCUCAGACCACUGACUGCCUCCAGGUGAGAGAGCAAUGUAUAAAUGCUGCCAAUGGAUGUGAAAGUGUCUGGAAUAUAAUUGAAGAUGUCUGCAAAAUUUCAGGUAACAGCUGCAAAGCAAAAGAUUCUGUUGUCUGCAAUAAAGUCAUACAGUUCUUAGCUAAUCAGUAUCCAAAACUUAAAAGCGGUCUGUGCACAAAGAAUGAUUCCUGUAGCAUCAAAAUGUUGCUUGAACAACAAUGUGGCCUUAAGAAAGAACAUUUGGACCCUUCAGCAAAUUCAGAUAUCCAGUUAAACUUCAUGCUGCACACAAAGCACAAAGACAUAAAACACACAGGUGAACGAGAAAAUGACUGCAAUAUUGCAAAGCAAAGCUGUCGCGAUGACCACUACUGCUUUGUGGAGUAUAAGAACUUCCGAAGGGUAUGCAGGGCAGAGGUAGCAAAAUGCAGUCUCCAAGUUGUUGGGAAACAAUGUUUGUCUGCAUGGAAGAAGCUGAGAAAAACAGUCUUAGGGAAUUGCAGGUGUUCAGAGCCACUUCAAAAACGGUGUACUAAAAUAUGGAAAAGCAUCUUUAAUAACACCUGUCUACAGGAUGCAAAGGAGAAUAUAGCUUUUGAUGAGGAAGACUAUGAUGAUGAGAGAGAUCAGGACACUGAUACAGAUAAUAUUAACGUGGAAAUUAAAUUACAGUGGAAUUUAUCUGCUCUUUCCAAACAAGAACACACUGAGAAUGGGACAUGUUUGGAUGUAAACAGGGAAUGUAUUGAAGAUGAAGUGUGUAACAGACAGCUAUCCCUGUACCUUAAAGUUUGCUCAGUGAAUAAAAAGUGCAACAUGAAAGAAUGUCAAGCAGCCAUAAGGUUCUUCUAUCAAAAUAUGCCUUUUAAUGUUGCCCAGAUGUUGACAUUCUGUGACUGUACCCAGCUUGAUAAAUCUUGCCAAAAAGCUAAAGAACUUCUUCAUGGAAAGCCAUGUGCAGUCAACAUAGUGCCCCCUCCUUCAUGUCUAAGCAUAAUUCGCCAGUGCCAAAACAAUGAAUUAUGCAGGAAAAAAUAUGAAAUGUUUUGGUCAAUGUGCUGGAGGCAUGUUACGAGAAGAUGCUAUGAAGAUAAAGCUUGUCUUGAAACAUUAAUCAAGGAUGAUAUGACUUGCUCUGGAAGUGCUGACUGCAGAGCAGCUUACAUUGACAACUGGGGUACCAUGCUUCGGGUAGAGUGUUCCUGUAAUACUGUACCAUUAGCUGAACAGCCUCUAUGCAAGCUCUUUCAGCACAUGCUUCAUGGGAAGUCCUGUUUCAAACAGAUUUCAAGUGAAAAGACACAUUUUCAUUGGAUGCAUACUGAUAGACCAGGGGAAAAGCUUCCCAGGACAAGGUUACAGUCAUCAUUUAAGGGUGAAACAAUCCACAUUAUUGCAUACACCUCCUGCAUAAUACUAAUCUUGGGAAUUGUCAUGUUGGCUCUACUUAAGACCAGAGCCUGCAGAACAACAUAUCAGUCAAGACAUACCUCUCCUGACCAUUCAUCUGAGACUUUUGGGAUCCAUUAGCAGGCAUUAGAGAAUCAACUGCAUUGGUAGCCCUUUUAAGACUACCUUUGGUGAAG